GGAGGAAGAGAUACCCCUACCCCAAAACGUUAGCUCUGUAUAGUUCAGAUUUAAUUUCAUCUUGCAGCUUGUCGGUCCAUUCAUAAUUCUCAGCACUAACAUCAGGACAGCAACUAAAGGGCCAUGUCCACUGCAAGACAUUCUGAACAUCACUCAGACAUGUGCUCGCCCUCAUCCUUGGCAGAGGAUGAGGAGGACGAGACCAUGGGUGUGAGGGAUCUGAUGCCGGUCACGGCCCCAUCUUCGUUGGCUGGGAGGCUGCGGCUCCUCCAGGCAUACCGCCGCUCAGCGGUGCCCAGCAGGAGGCGAAAGCGUGAGAUGACCCCAGCUGAAAAGAAGGACGCGUUGUACUGGGACAAGCGCCGCAAGAACAACGAGGCUGCCAAGCGCUCGCGUGAGAAACGCCGCCUCAAUGACCUCAUGCUGGAGGGCCAGCUGCUGGCCCUGAGUGAGGAGAAUACCCAGCUGAGGGCUGAGGUCCUGAGCCUGAGCCAGUACUACAUGGGAGUCGGCCGGAGUGCUGCUUCAAGGCUUGGCUCCGAUGCUCCCCUUCACAGUCCCACACCAGGCCACCUGCAACCCUCUCUCUGGGGACUUAAUGCUGGCCUGCCGCCUGUGGACUGCUGCCAGGACUGGCCCCAGCACUGGCCCCAGCUGGGCCCCUGCUCUUCCAGCCCCUCGACAACCUCACCUCAACUAUUCUCGUACCUGAGGAGCUCCCGGGGCUACGACCCCACUCUCCCAUAUGCACUGAACUCGGACCAGUUGGAAGAGGCAUCCAGGCAGGUAGAUUCAGCAGCCCAGCAGCAGGUCUCCUCCAGCGAUGACCCUGAUGGUAAGCAAGAGUCAGCCCUGGCCCCAAGCACGUGUCCGGCCUUGUCUUCACCCAUGGAAGACCUCGGCACUCCGUCUGGCCAAAAUUGGCUCCUGACCGGCAUAAGCCAGCCAGGCAGCCAGCGCAGCAAACUGCAGGUUCAGUGGGCGGCGCCAUGCGUGCGCCCAUCGCCCCUCCGACCAUGUUGGCCUACACCCCUUCCUCUGACCCUCAGGGACACCGGUGGACCUAACCAUGGUAUCAGCUCCAUCUGGAACUUCAGCAGCAAGUUCAGGAUGCUCUCUGCCGAAAUCUCCCAGAUGAGAAGGUAUCUAAGGCCAGACAGCUCCUAAAAUGUUGUGGGAACAGAUGUAAUUGCUUUUAUGCUAAAUGAGAAAGAUGACUACAAGAUCAGUGCUAUGAACCACAGUAACAUGAACAUGAGUGUCCUGUCAACUUUGCAGAAAUUUGGUUACAAGUUAAACAUACAGACUCAGUAAAAAGGCAUACUAGGCAUUUAAAUCCUGCCAUAAAGGUCUUACAUGUAAACCUUUGUACCUCCAAAGGUAGUUGUUGUUGUUGUUGUCUUUAAUGCAAGCACAAUUUUGCAUGAUACAUUUUCCUUUACAAAAAAAUGGCAAAUUGAACGUAAGAUCAACUACUGAACACUGUAAUGUUCCGUAAUUUCCGGUGGUCAUUAUCUUCGUAAAACGAUCUUAGGAAACUGUCUAAGAUAUUGUUAUGCCCAUUAGAAGGGUUCGUUUUUUACUUUUCAAACACAGCGGUGCCUGUUUUAGCGACAGACUUUGUUUCACAUCAUAAGACAGCUAUACUUGGUCUUUUUUCAUCCGUAAUAAUAUAUGGUUUGGUUUAUACAGGUUUAAUCAUUGUAGUACUAAAAUGCUUGCAAUAUUGUAGUCAGAGCACAACGGGAAAAUAGUUUUAGUGUAGGGUAAUAUUUAGUCUACAGUUUUAAUGACACAUUUUGCAGACUAGAACUUUUGUUUUCGGUUUUGUGUUUUUUCUAAUAAAAUAUGACCUGUU